AUGGACGAAAGCUCCAGAGCUCGCAGAAUAUCUUGUUCCAAAGUGCUGCGUUUUUUCUGGAGUUUGACCCGUAAGAAACCUCUGGAUCCAGAAGGGGAGGAGUCCACCUUCUGCCGAUGCCUGACCACCUUGGACCUGGUGGGUCUGGGGGUCGGCAGUACGUUGGGGGCCGGGGUUUACGGCCUGACAGGUGAGGUGGCCAGAAACAUGUCCGGUCCCAGCAUCAUCAUCUCCUUCCUGGUGGCUGCCGUGGCCUCGGCCUUUGCAGGGCUGUGCUAUGCAGAGUUUGGGGCCCGGGUCCCCAAGAUGGGCUCAGCCUACCUCUACAGCUACGUGACUGUGGGGGAAGUGUGGGCCUUUGUGACCGGGUGGAACCUGGUGCUGUCAUACGUCAUCGGAACUUCAACAGUGGCCAAGGCCUGGUCCGGGACCUUCGAUGACCUGAUACAUAACGUAAUUGCUGAAUAUCUAGAGGAGCACAUACCUAUGGACUCACCUGGUCUGGCCACUUACCCAGACUUCUUUGCUGCUGCACUGAUAAUGUUACUGGCUGGGAUCCUUGCAUAUGGUGUGAAAGAGUCUGUGAUCCUAAAUACUGUGUUCACCGGCGUGAAUGUGACCGUACUGCUUUUUAUCAUCAUCGCCGGUUUUAUAAAAGGAGACAUUAACAACUGGUUUAUCAGUGCAGAGGCUGUUCUCAGUUAUUAUGAAAAUGAAACACAAAUUGAAGAGAAUGACUUUGGCGUUGGUGGUUUCUUCCCCUUCCGUCUUGACGGUACCCUGGCAGGAGCAGCGACAUGUUUCUAUGCUUUCAUUGGAUUUGACUGCAUCUCCACAACAGGCGAGGAGGUGAAGAACCCCAGGAAGGCGAUUCCUCUGGGGAUCAUGUUAUCGCUGCUCGUCUGCUUCCUGGCCUACUUCGGCGUGUCAGCUUCUCUGACACUUCUGAUGCCCUACUAUCUGCUCGACACUCGCAGCCCUCUACCUGUGGCCUUUGAACACAUCGGGUGGGAGACGGCAAAGUAUGCGGUGGCUGUGGGAUCCCUGUGUGCACUGUCAACCAGUCUCCUGGGAGUGAUGUUUCCGAUGUCGAGGGUGCUUUUUGCCAUGGCGAGAGACGGCCUGCUCUUCAAACCUCUCGACUACAUGAGCUCCAGACAGAGUCCUGUCACAUCUACGCUGUGUUCAGGAGCUGUCGCUGCUGUCAUGGUGCUGUUGUUUGACUUAAAGGCUCUGGUUGACUUGAGUUCCGUUGGGACCAUCUUUGCCUACACUGUCAUUGCAGUGUGUGUUCUCAUACUGCGAUACAAGGAGGACUCUGGUUUUAUCCACCGAUCGGAGCCGUUCACAGUUUUGGGGCUGAUCAAGCCUCCAUCUCGAUCUACACGCCGCACCUCAGAAAACGUCAACAUCCUGACCAUCAUCAUCUUGUUCCUGGUGCUCAUUUUGAGCGUUCUGCUGUCCGAUUCCCUGGAUUCCCUCCGGAGGCGAGAGGUGUGGAGUCUUCUGUUGGUCUCUGUCCUUGCGCUGACACUCGUCCUCACCGUCGUUAUCAUCUGGAAACAGCCACAGAGCAGAACUAAAGCUGCUUUCAUGGUUCCUGGACUCCCUUUAAUUCCAAUUGUAAGCAUUUUCAUCAACACCUAUUUGAUGGUUCGACUGGGAGAGGAAACUUGGAUCAUUUAUUGUAUCUGGAUGGCAGCCGGCUUGAUCAUCUACUUUGCUUACGGCGUUCAUCACAGUGUCCAACAACAAAGGCAACAGGAGAUUCUGCAAAAUAUUAUAAAUAGAAAUAUUAUGGAUGAAGUUUCUGCUGCUUGA